UGGACUUGUGCUACCAGUACGGUGUUGGUCCAAAUUUGGCGCUGUUUGGAACGAUCAAGACUUGGAUUCAUACUAUGAUGACCUCCAUGCGAAUGCGCUACUUAUUCUAACCUCUCUCUUGCAAUGCACCAUGGAUAAAAUCAAAAUUUAUCUCGCAAAGCCCAUUGGCGCGGCCAGAAGACUCUGGCAAAAGCCUGUUCUCUCCUCGGUACCUUCAACCGUGGUUUUGAAAUGCGAUCCGUCGUCCAUCUCGUUUACCGCUGAUGGAGAGCCACAAAUCACAUCCGCUGAAACCCUGCAAGCUUUGAAGGAGGCGUCGCACUGUCUGGUCAGUCUCCUCCAGCCAGUUGUUUUUCCAACAGAGACGGUAUAUGGCCUCGGGGCUCUUUCGCUGAACAGUACAGCAUCCUCCCGGAUCUUUUCCACCAAAGGUCGUCCUCCCGAUAACCCACUGAUCGUUCAUGUCUCAUCCACCGCUAUGCUACGAUCUCUCCUUCCUCCAAAUUACAUUUUCUCAGAAGCAUACCAGGUGCUAAUGGACCAUUUUUGGCCUGGCGCUCUGACACUGCUGUUUCCGAGUGACCCCAACUUGAUACCUACCAUCAUCACCGCCAAUCAACCAAAGGUAGCCAUUAGGAUGCCCUCUCACCCUGUGGCUAGGGCUCUCAUAGCAAUAGCAAAUGCACCUCUCGCUGCUCCAAGUGCCAACUCGUCCGGAAAACCCAGUCCAACUCGAGCGGAGCAUGUCUUGCGUGAUCUUGGUGGAAAGGUCCAGAUCAUCUUAGACGGAGGUCCAUGUGAUGUUGGGUUGGAGAGUACAGUCGUUGAUGGCCUGCACGAUGACGGAAACAUACGGGUUCUGAGACCAGGAGGUGUUACGGUUGAGGACAUCGAGCGGGUCUUGCAAGAGAGAAUGCAAGGGGAAGGGCGGAUACCCAAAGUGUUUGUUCACAGGCGCGAUUUCAAAGACGAUGUACUCGAGGAAAAGCCAACAACCCCAGGAAUGAAAUACCGACAUUACUCACCUUCAGUCCCUGUCACACUGCUUCGAACUUCUCAUCCUCCUGAAGGAACGAAUCCCGUGGACCAUGUCGCCUUUUUGACUUCUCUGAAAACUUCAGCUAUAGAUUUUCAACGGCCAGCCAAAGUUGGUCUCUUACUCCCGUCCGACUCUCCUCUAAUGGAGGUGUUUUUACAAGAAACUGGAAUCGAAUGGAGAACAUACCAUAUCGGGGCUAUAUCUGAACCCGCUGUUACUGCCCAGCGUCUGUUCGAUGGAUUAUUAACCCUCGAUGAAGAAGGGGUAGAUCUUAUAUUGAUCCAGGAGAUAGCUGAAGAAAAGGAAGGCCUUGCCGUUAUGAAUCGGGUUCAGAAGGCAGCUGGCACCGAAGAAUGGAUAAAAAUUACAUAGACGCUACAACCUUUUUUCUGAUUAGACCUGUCGUAUCUAGAAAUCACACAUGUAUAAUAAAGACAAUAUAAACUUGAAUUCGUGU